AUGGCCCAAGUCAGACUAGUUUCCAGCCUUGCUGAUGUUGACGCUGCGCUUCAAGGUCUACAGAUCACUCAGAUGAAUCAAGCUGGUCAGGUUCAAUUUCAGUUGCAUGAGGAAGCCCCCCUCGAAGAAGCAGCAAAGAUCGGUGAGAGGACCCGUCCAGGAAGGCAUGGAUUCAUACUUGUGAAUCCAGAGUUGUUGGAGUGCAAGACUAAGACCAAGGGGGUAUUAGAGAGGUCCUUCAAAAACAUGCUUGCCGCAACCCUGCAGCGGACUGAUAAAGAGAUGCUGGAAGUUGACGCAAGCAUCUCAGUAUUGAAGGUCCUUGUGCUCAAGAAUGAUGAUGAGAUGGAUCAGCUGGGACCUCACGGACCUCCACUUAACGAAAGAAACCGGGGAGUACAGCAAGUCAUCUAUCCACAUCCUCCCUUCCCAGAAGAUCCUAGCUUUGAGCAUGGAACAGCCCCACAGAGAGUCCCAUAUCAAGCUGCUUAUGGUACACAACAAGAGAGGGAUGAGGCAGCUGCUCGUGACAGGUGUGCCCAGAGGGCCCUCUGGCAUGCCAAACUCUGUAUUUUGGAGAUGAGGCAGUCCAUCUUGAAGGACAAGAGGUCUGAGAUGAUGUCAAAGAUGACGGCGGUAUUCAAUAGGAUUAUGGAGGAACCAUCUCACUUAGGGGUUGGUUACGCGGACAAUGAAUUUCCUCCACUGGCGUAG